AUGCAAUGCAGACCUCAGCAACAACCGAUUCUCCAACGAGUUCCCUCCUCCGUCCUCUACAUCCCCAAUCUUGUCUACCUCGACCUCCAGUUAAACUACUUCUUGGGUCCAAUCCCUGAUGCCCUCUUUGACAAACGCCUCGACGCCAUCUUCCUCAACAACAACCAAUUCGACAGUGAAAUCCUGGACAAUUUCGGCAAGUCCCCGGCCUGCGUCAAUAAUUUGGGAUACAAAAAGUUCACUGGAUAA